CCAAGAGCACAUUGGGCCGCAUCUCGACCGAGUACAGCGAGGGGAACGGAACCACGACGACGAGCGGAUACCCUUCAAGGAUGUGGGCGAUGCGCACGCACUAAACGUGUCUGUGGCGGAGCGGUGCAUCCACUGGACUGCCCAGCAACAUCUACUGGUCCGAUGCGGAGCCUCGUCUCAUCGAGGUCGCCCUCGUAUAUGUCAGCAGUCGUGCUCUUGUGGAAGGGGGUGGAGAAGCCUCGUUCCCUGGUCCUCGAGACGCGUCGCGGGUACAUGUACUUGAACAGAAUCGCCUCGGACUCCAUAAGCCGCGCCACGAUGGACGGAUCCGAGGAGACGAGACGCCUCUACUGGAUGGCAACAAGUGUCAGAUACUGGUUGGCCGCUAGGACUACGUGUACUGGAGCGACUGGAGCACCGGGGACAUUGAUCAAGUCGGGCCAGAGCCGCAGCUCCGCCAAGGACGUGCCCUGCAUCCCCCCCAGCUACGCCAGACUCCCCCAAUUUGCCGCUGCCGGUGUCCGGCAAGAAUAUCCAUGCCCAGCUUCUUGGGCGAACUCGCAGAAGCCGAUUCGGACGAUUCGUUCGGCGCAUGGCCCUGCCUCUGAUAUUCUUGCGCUCCGGCAAGAGACGGAUUUAUCGAGCUCUAAUGGCUCCAUCGAAGAACGCCGUCACGCCGUCAAGCACUCCCUUUUAAAGAUUUUAAAAAUACAAUAGAGAAUCUGCUCAACG